CUCCUGAGUAUUUUUUCGUUUUGUAUACAACAAAUAGUAGCCAUUUGCGUUGUUUCAACUCGUUUCUGACUCAUAACAUUGUUUUUUAUUCGGUUAAAUAAUCGUUUAUUGAUGUUAUUUUGGGGAGUGUGUGUUUCUAAGAUACGCCUGGUGGUGAUAGUAAUGCACCACUAAGUUAUCAACGAUAGACGAAGAAAAAACACGGAACUGUCCAACAGCAUGAUGCCUGUAACCUAUGCAUAUACCUCAAAAAACAGUGUCUAGCUUCAGUUUACAAUCAGUCUGCAGCUAUUUCUAUCCUGCAUGCGGCAAAUAAUACAAUGGCGUCUGAUAGACACCCUUGUUCCUGUUGCUCCAAUCCAGUCUCCUCUCCCAGUGUUUACCAGACUUUGAGUGAAAUGGAAUUUGAACGAGGUAUCUGGUCUGCUGCAAUGGAUGGGGACUUGGAGAGGGUCAAGUUCUUGGUGCAUAAGGGCACUGACCCUAACCUGAGAGACUCAGCUGGAUACACAGCUCUGCACUAUGCAAGCCGCAGUGGUCAUCACGCUGUAUGCAAGUUUCUUCUUGAGAAUGGUGCUUGUGCAUCUCCCCAGACGUCAGGCGGUGCCACACCACUCCAUCGAUCAGCUUACUGCGGCCGCCUCGAUGUGAUCAGACUCCUGCUGCACCACAGAGCAGAUCCAAUGAUCUGUGAUGACGAUGGUGCAUCCCCUUUACAUAAGGCUGCAGAGCAGGGUCAUGCAGAGGUGUGUGAGCUGCUUCUGGAGCACUGUCCAGCACUCUGCAGCCAGGUGAACAAGAGGCUCCAGCUUCCCUUCCAGCUGGCACCGCAGCAAGAUCUGCAGGAGCUGUUAAAACCUCCUCGGUGACGACAGACACACUGUGUCUGGGCUACGCUGAGGUCAUAUAAUUAACAUGAGCUAAAACCUACUGGGUGAGGUUCGCUUCAGUCUCAUCCUGACCUGGAUUUGUUACAUCUGGCUACACCUUUUUCAUUUGAACAUCAGCAAAGAGCCACAGAACAAAACUGGGAGGACACAACAUUACAUUUUCUAUCUUCAUACCAUGAACAUCAUCCUGUUUUUGAUUUCUUUUUUACUGCAUGUGUAAUAUUUACACCUCCUAGUUUUAAAUUGUAGAAACUCGUAAAACCUGUUAAAUAACACCAGCAUCCAGAGUCUGUUGCUGCUUCACUCUUAUCAGGUAGUUGUCAAAUUAUUAAUAAUUCUGUUUACACACAUCAGCCUUUGUGUUAUGAAGAGCAAGUUAAGGCAGAGGUAUAUAGUUUAAGUCUGAGGGCUGAGUGGGGAUGAGGAAACAGACAGAUGUUAUUGACCAGUCGGAAGAAUCAAAUGAAUACCCCCACAUCACCAGAUGGUGCGGUGCACUGAUCUUUAAUGUGGAUUUUUCACCUUGGAAUUAGCCUGACAUACAUAUUUCUAAGUUCAAUACAAGAGAAGAGCAGGAGAACAACGUAGCUACUGACAGGACAGACGGGAUCAAAAGUCCAGUUUAAAAGGCACAAAGUCUUGUUAUGAGUACUGAAAUUUCUCUUUGAAAUACUGCACUUAAACCCACAAUGUGUAGCAUUUAAACUGUAUUUGAGCUGUGCCCUACAAGCACCUGCGUUUGCUCUCCCUGCAGAAUUAAGGAUGGUUUUCUUUGAACAUGCGGCAUGUUUGACAAAGAAGUUUGUAUUAAAACUGGAGC